AUGUUGAACCAUGCCGAGACAAGGUCUGACAGAGGUCGACCGCCCAGCCGAGGCCGCGAGAGCUUACCCGCUUCACAUCGCUUCACUGCACUGCCAAAAGCCGUUUGUACAGCUCAUGCCGGUCAUGUCUCACAUGUUUCCACCGAGGAGGCGAAUCCUGGCAGCCUUUGGGCCAAACAACUCCGCCGGCGUAUGAGCAGGCUGACACAAUCUGACCCAAGUGCAGCCUUGCAUAGCCUUGCAGAAGCAGUUUGCAUGGACCUGCAGGUGACACCCGAGUUGUUCGAGCUGUGGCAGACGCAGGACUUUUCGGAACCGAAAGCUUCCUUCCUGUCCCAUGCUGACCAAGUUCCAGGAGCCGUCCCAGCCACCUGUACAUCACGACUCCGAUGUGCAGGAGGCAUUCUGUCCGAAACUCCUCUUGGGCGGGGUCCUAUGUGCUGCUGCACAUAG